GAGGUGCGUCAUGAGCUCUUCAUUGGAGAUUUUGCAGCGCCAUCUAUUAGAGAAUAAAUAGUGACAAAAUAUUUUGACAAAAUAUUUUGUAUAAUGUUUUAAAGCACACUCAUAGCAGUUUAAAAAAUGAAAUCACGUCGAAUUAAAAAACUACAUCUAGAGUUCAAUUUGUAGUAUCGUUGAAGUUGAUCAAAAGUCUAAUAUGUACUAUGCCGUCCAUAGAUAAAUUGAGUGUAAUUUCUGGAGCUUUGUUUUUGGCUGCUGAUUUAUUUGCAAUUGCCAGCCUCUGUAUGCCAAACUGGAUUGUAUCUGAUAUAGGUGGUGAGACAUCAAUUGGGUUAUUAAAGACAUGUUUGACAAUCUAUGGACGUUCAGCUAAGUGUUUUACACCUGACCAAAUUAGAUCUGAGUGGGUACUUACAUUUAUAUGUGUCGUGUUUGGAAUAAUAUGUGUCACGAUCACAGUGAUACUCCUUGCAGCUUCGUACUUCAAAUACAACCUCAUUAAAUAUGCCAGGUGGAUCGGGUUUGUUGGAAUAAUCAUGUUCUGCAAUGCAGCAGUGAUCUUCCCAAUUGGGUUUAAUAUGGACCAGAUAGGUGGCGAACCAUACCAGUUACCCAGUAGCUUUCAAGUUGGAAUCUCAUACAUAUUUUUUGUGCUUGGACUCUGGUUUACAGUUAUUGCAGAACUCUUUGCUGGCAAAGUUUGUCUGCCAAGGUUUUGACGAUUGGGUCAUCAUAUUCAUAUCAGAAUAUCAUAUGAUAGAAACCUGUACAUGUGCAUGUGUUGUAAAUAAGAUUUAUCGCCUUUUAAUUUGCCGUUUUAACCACCUUGGAGAUAUUAGUGACAGUUUUGUGAAAAAUACUUAAAUUGUUAUGCAGAAUUGCCAAUUAGGAAUAUUCGCCAAAUUAAAGCAAUUUGCAGAAAUUAUAUUAUGUUUGAUCUUCAUAUCCUGGGAUUUUUGACCCAGAUUAUAAGCAGGAAUCUCAAGCGUAUCAUACAGCUAGAAAUCAUGAUCCUUUUUGUUCAACCAUCAAUCAAUCAUCAAUCAUGGCACAGGCAACAGAUAUACUAGAUAUACAGAAUUUAUAAACAUUAACAUGGCCAUAAACAUUUUAUGGCCAUUUUUGUAUGUAUAAAAAUGACACUCUAUAAAAAAACAAAUACUGUAGUUCAACUAGGAAACAACAAAAGUUGAAUAUGUGCAGCCAUGUGAACACAAAGCUACAAAUACAGAAAUACAGUGUAUAAAUUUAAAGAGAAGCCUGAAACACUUGGUAUUAAAUGCUAAAUGGUGUUCAAUAUUUUAUAACUUGGAUCAAUGAGUUCAAUCAUGCUUAUAACAGAGAGAAUGUAGAUCAUUUCCAUUCCUUCUGAUUUUAUUCAUAGACAUUUUGUGAAUGAAUUACAAAUAUUUAAAGUGGCAGGAAAGCAUGCAGA